AUGCGUUCCGUCUCCAUCGCGGCCGCUGCCAUGAUCGGCGCUGCCGUCGCCAAGCCUCUUGAACGCCGUGACGGUUACAAUGCUGGCUACAACCCCCAGCCUUACCCCACGGGUGGUUCCUCGUCUGCCCCCGCGCCGUCUUCAACCCCUGGAUAUUCUGUCCCGGCUCCUUCCACGACUCCUGGUUACCCUAUCUACACCCCAAGCCCGUCCAGCUCGAAGGGCUACGAGACUCCUUCCAGCUCGAAGGGCUAUGAGACCCCUUCAAGCUCCUCUGUCAAGCCCUCGAGCUCUGUUUACCCGCAUGAAAGCAGCUCCAGCGUGAAGCCUUCAAGCUCUGGCUACCCAACAGGAAGCAGCUCCUCCAUGGGUUACCCCACGGGAAGCAGCUCUUCCUCUAUGAGUUACCCAACUGGAAGCUCUUCCAAGUCCGAGCACAGUGGCUAUCCUACCAAGUCCUCCUCGGAGCACAGUGGAUAUCCCACUCACACUUCCAGCUCCAAGUCCGAGCACAGCGGCUAUUACCCUACGGGAAGCAGCUCUUCCUCUAUGGGUUACCCAACUGGAAGCUCUUCUAAGUCCGAGCACAGCGGCUAUCCUACCAAGUCCUCCUCGGAGCACAGCGGAUAUCCCACUCACACUUCCAGCUCCAAGUCCGAGCACAGCGGCUAUUACCCUACGGGAAGCAGCUCUUCCUCUAUGGGUUACCCAACUGGAAGCUCUUCUAAGUCCGAGCACAGCGGCUAUCCUACCAAGUCCUCCUCGGAGCACAGCGGAUAUCCUACCCACACCCCCAGCUCUAAGUCUUCGCACGUGUGGUACCCAACUGGCCACAGCCACAGCUCCAAGCCGACCCCUUCGGCCUACUCGACUGCUACUCCCAUCACGGACACGGUCACGAGCUACAUGACUGAAACCAAGACCGUCACGACCAGCACCUACUCUUGGGUGCCUCACUCCACUCCUGUGAGCCACAACGGAUACUCCACGUUCUACUCAACCUACCUCACCCCAACUUACUUUCCAACCGUCUACACCACCACGUACGUCACUCCCAAGCCUACUGGCGGCUACCCUGUUGGCCCCCAGCCUCCGCACGCAUCCGAGUGUGCUCCGCCAUCCACGGUGACAGUCUACAAGGUUCCCCAGUACGAAACAAAGACCUACACCGUGACCGAAAACGGCCACCCGCAGACCGUGACCGUGACCGUUCUGCCCCCCAAGCCUACCUACCACGUUGAGACGUCCUACGGUCCGGGCCCUGCUCCUUCAAGCUCCUAUCCCGUCGAGCACUCUUCGAUCCACACCCCUGGCCCUAAGCCCCCGGUUUCUACGCCAAUUUACCCAACCGGCCCCAUUGGCCACUCUUCGGUCCCAAGCGGUACCGGCUAUCCAGUCAAGCCCACGUCUUCUGCAUGCCCGGCACCCGGUUCGACCGACAGUAAGGGACGCUACAGCUGCAACCCAGCUCACCAGUACCCAACAGGCCAGCAAUGCAAACUCAUCGACGGCUGCUACUACUUGACUCCCACCGGCCCUGCUUCCUCUUCCAAGGGAUACGAGACUCCUUCCAGCUCCAGCUCUUACCCUGUGAAGCCUACUUCUCCGUCCUCUUCCAAGGGAUACGAGACUCCUUCAAGCUCCAGCUCUUAUCCGGUCAAGCCUACCUCUUCGUCUUCUUCCAAGGGCUAUGAGACUCCUUCCAGCUCGUCUAAGGGUUAUGAGGUUCCCUCCAGCUCCUCGACCAUGGUCUACCCCACCGAGACGCCUUCCAGCAGCAAGGGCUACGAGGUUCCCUCCAGCACACCCGGCUACGUCGUCCCCUCAAGCACUCCGGUGGCUCCCUCCAGCACUCCCGGCUACGUUGAGCCCUCUUCUGAGCCCGGUUAUGCUGUGCCCACCCCUGCCACCGGCUACAAGACCUACUAA